AUGAAGAGCGUCAGCGACGGGGGAGGCGGGGGAGGGGGAGGAGCGGGCGGGCAGCAGUGCCCGUGCGACUACUGCGGGGAGGCGGCGGCGGCGCUGCACUGCCGCGCGGACGCCGCGCGGCUCUGCGUCGCGUGCGACCGCCACGUGCACGCCGCCAACGCGCUGUCGCGGAAGCACGUGCGGGCGCCGCUCUGCGCCGGGUGCGCCGCGCGCCCGGCCGCCGCGCGCGUCUCCCCCGUCCCGGGCGCCGACUCGGCGUUCCUCUGCGCCGACUGCUGCGACGCCGGCUGCGACACCGCCGCGGCGGCGGCGCGCGUGCCGGUCGAGGGCUUCUCGGGCUGCCCCUCGGCGGCCGAGCUCGCCGCGUCAUGGGGGCUCGACCUCCGCCGCGCGGCCGUGGGCGACGACGGUCACGGCCGCGCGGAGGACAAGGACGGCGGCGACAUCGACGACGACCCCUUCCUCUCGGCGCUCGACUACUCCGUGCUCGGGAUGGUGGACCCGGACCUGCGCGACCUCUACGUGCCGUGCGACCCGCCACGGGUGCCCGCCCCCGACGCCGUCGGCGCGCGCCCGCUCAGGGGGCAGGCGCUGUCCGACCAGCUCGCCGAGAUGGCGCGCCGCGAGGCGGACACGGCCCACGCGCACCCGCACUCGGAUCUGAGCCCGCGCACGCCUCGCCGCACCUCCGCGGCAUCCGGCGGACGCUUGCCGCCGGGCAAGAUGGCGCUCCCCUCGGCGCUGCCGACUCAGCCUCCGCCCCCCGCCGUCCAGGAGGUGCCUCUGCCGUACACGUCCCUGCUCAUGAUGGCGUCGGCCAACUGCGCUGACCUCAUAGGCGGCGCCGACAGGGUGGGUGAUGACGACGAACAACUGCUCUGGGAUUGCGCUGCGCCCUCAGUGCUGCCCACCCAGAUAUGGGACUUCAAUCUGGGAAGGUCAAGGGAUCACGAUGAGAAGUCUGCUCUUGAAGUUGGAUAUGGUUCUAACCAUGGAGGCUUUAUGAUUAAGAGUUAUAGUGACAUGCUUAAGGAAAUUUCUUCGGGGACAACGAAAGAUCUGGAAGAUAUUUAUGACUCAAGAUACUGCUCAACUGCCGAAGAUAUCAUGUCCUCUAAUAUCUGUCAGUUGUCAUCGAAAAAUGUGAGCACCGGGAGCAACAAACGGAAGGUGAGCUCAUGUGCCUCGACGAUGGAUGGACCAACAACCUCCGGGAACCAUGUACCCACUUCAGGACGAGCACUCACCAGGGAGAUCUCCUUCGGGGAUCAAAUGGUCUCCGCCCCUGCAGCUGAGAGGCCCGCCGUGAGGAUCGACAGCGAGACGCUCGCGCAGAACAGGGACAGCGCGAUGCAGCGGUACAGGGAAAAGAAGAAGAACCGCAGGUAUGAGAAGCACAUCCGGUACGAGUCGAGGAAGCUGAGGGCGGACACGAGGAAGCGGGUGAAAGGGCGGUUCGUCAAGUCGACCGAAGCGCUGAACGCCGGUUACGGCGGAUGA